AUGGCAGCUUGUUCCCUCACUCUAUCGUCCUCCUUGCCCCAACCUAAACCCUCAUUUUUUGGAUCGAAACCCUCUCAUCUAUCCUUACACAGCACUUCGUUUGCGCUCAAAUCCCAGUGUUUCAGGGUUUCCUCAAGUUCCGUUUCCAUCUCCAGUCGCCCCGCCGAUGAUCUAGUUGCAUCUCUUCUCUCCAAGGUGAUAAAAACGGAUGGUGGAGUUUCACUCACCACAAAACAGCACCAAGACGUAGCUCAAGUGGCUAAUGAGUUGAACAAAUAUUGCGUUGAUGAACCAGUCAAAUGCCCUUUAAUCUUCGGAGAUUGGGAUGUGGUUUACUGUUCGAAUCCCACGUCACCAGGAGGCGGCUACAGAAGUGCAUUGGGGCGCCUUUUCUUCAAGACCAAGGACAUGGUCCAGGCUGUUGAAGCUCCUGACUCCGUACGAAACAAAGUCUCCUUCUCUGUUUUUGGGUUUCUUGAGGGAGAGGUCUCCUUGAAAGGAAAGCUGAAGGUCUUGGAUCAUCAAUGGAUUCAAGUCAUUUUUCAGCCACCUGAACUGAGGGUAGGAGCAAUGGACUUCCAGUAUGGUGGCGAGAGUGAGGUCAAGCUACAGAUCACGUAUAUUGACGAGAAGAUCAGAUUAGGAAAGGGCUCUAGAGGUUCUUUAUUUGUAUUUCGAAGGCGGCACGGAGGCUCAACCAACGUUUGAGACCCCUAUCCAGUGCCAAUAAUUGCCAAUGUUAUGAAACAAAGGUGAAACGUUAAUUAAAUGGAGAGAACCAUGCAAUCUGAGUUGUUGAGUCAAA